GCCAUGUUCCCGGCGCACAACGCACCAGACGUCCAGCAUGUCGUCGGCCAGCGCCCCGCAGCCCUCGCCACCCGGUAAUCCGAAGCCAAUAGACCCGAUACUGCGAAAUGCGCUCCGCUACACCAUCUCGGCAAAGGAAUAUCAGUUGCUGCACCAGUACCUCCUUUCGCGCGCGCCCGUCGUGAAGAAGCGCAGCAUACACCCCAAGCGCUACGACGCCAUUGUCCAAGGACGAGACGAUUACAAUGUCGCCGCCUUCCGUGCCGCGUUGCGCUUGGGCAUCGUGACGCUGUCGGGGCUGAAGGCUUGGGAAGUCAUCAAGACGCGGCUGUUAUCGCCAGGGACCGCAAAGAGGAAACAAGCCCAUAUACCCCUCUGGAAGUCACCCAACGUGCGUCUCAGCAGCUCGCUCGCCCUGAUACUCCUUUUCCAUCGGCUGCUCCGACGUGUCUUUGUGCGCAUCCGCGAGAGCCUUCUCAGCAAUGAAGCGCGCUCCUUUCGGCGGCGGAACCCCCGUAUAUCCCGAUCGUUGACGUCCAGACUCGCGCCGGCGAUUGGAUCCAGCUUAGCAGGCUUCUUCCUCGCCGUGUAUCCCGGCGACCAACUGCGCAUUACAAUGGCCAUCUACGUAAUGACGCGCGCCCUGGAAUUCGCUUACAACUACCUCGAAGAACAGGGCUACAUGAAGAACAGGCCCAGCUGGUUCGGCUCGUGGAUGAUUAUGCCUGUCGCAUGCGGUCAACUCCUCCAUGCAUUCGUCUUUGACCGCGACUGUUUCCCCUCGGGUUUCGGCAAGCACAUUCUCGACAACUCGCCGGAAUACAUCCAGAAGCGGCCUGUUGACUAUCCCAGCACCGCGCCAUGGCCAGGCACCUUUGCCAUUGCAGACAACCUAGCGGAAAUCUCGCGCCAGCGCUGGCCCCCUUUUGUCUCGCCCAUCCUCUUCCCCGCCGCAGAGACGCUCCCAAAACGCCUCGCCAGCAUCUCGCCCAUCACGUCGCCCGCCCACCCAGCCAUCAAAUCGCUCUCGUGCGCGCUGCUGCACCCGCAAGACCCCUCGUGCCUCCGCACAUACAUCCAGUACUGGAUCCAGGCAUUCCCCAAAGUCGCGCGCCUCUUCACCCUCUUCUUCGCGGCCCUCAGCCUGCGCCGCUACAAGGAGUUCCUCGCGUCCCCCAUCGCAGCCCUCAACUCGCUCGCCAAACGCAUCCUCCGCAUGUCGCUCUUCCUCUCCGGCGCAAUCGGCACCAGCUGGGGCUCCAUCUGCCUCUUCCAAUCCAUGCUGCCCCGCACCUUUCUCGCGACGCAGCGCUGGUUCCUCAGCGGCGUGCUCGGUGGCCUGUGGGGCUUUCUCGCGCGCCGCAACGGCCGAGCAAAUUUCCUCUACACGGCACGCAUGUCGCUGGAUUCCCUGUGGAAAGUCGGUGUCAAGCAUGGCUGGUGGGUUGGUCUUCCCAACGGCGACGUUUUCCUUUUCGUCGCCAGCUUGGCCCUCGUUAAUGCCCUGUAUGAGGUUGAGCCUCGCGCUAUCAAUAGCGGCGUUGUGAGAAAGGGUCUUGGCGUCCUCAGAGGUGAGGGCUGGGUCGAUAGAGCCGUUUUGCUAAACGAGCACGUGGUCACAGGCAAGGAGAGAGAAGAGUAAUUCGGAUUUUUUUUUAUUUACUUGGCCGGUUCAACAGUUUCGCUUUCUAGCACUUGUGCGUGUAUUACAUUUUGGUUAUGCCCAUGAUGGGUGAUGAAGGGCAUGUUAUAUGUAGCAUAUCAUAGCAUAGUAUCGCGUAGCGGAGCAGAGAAGAGAAGAGUAGAGUAGAGUAGAGUACCAGAGAAACAGCAAAUUAA